AGAAAAAAGUUUGAGAAUCAAACUAGAAAAAUAGAGUUGACAACACAAGGUGCGUCUGUAUGAUUUUAGGGAACAUCCAGCGGUGCAUCGGUUGAAUUUCACCUGACAUUCAACGCAUGUCAUCUGUCAUUCUUCUCAAUUCCUUCAUUCCUUUCUUUGUUAUACAACAAUUCGUGUUGUUCAAGUCACGCAACACAAACGAAUCAACCAAGGAACAAUUAACACGAAGUUACGAAAAAUUAAUUUAGCAGCGAAGAAAUCGCGUUAUUGGUAAUGGCGGAAGGGGUGGAAGCAGAAGCAACCACCACCACCACCCCCACUAGCCUUCUUCCUGACUUGCUGAAAAACACGCCUUCGAAUAUUGCUAGAUUGGAAGACGUGAUCGAACAUUCUAAAGCAAGACAUAAGUAUCUCGCUCAAACCACUAGUUCUUCUGAUGGCGGUGAUGUUCGUUGGUACUUUUGUAAAACCCCGUUGGCACCUAAUGAGUUAGCGGCGUCGGUCCCGAGCACGGAGAUAGUGGGGAAGAGUGACUAUUUUCGUUUUGGCAUGAGGGAUUCUCUGGCAAUUGAAGCAUCUUUCUUGCAGAGAGAGGAAGAAUUGCUUUCUAGUUGGUGGAGAGAAUAUGCAGAGUGUAGUGAAGGACCAAGAGAACGACAAAGUUCCGGUACCAAGUUGGAUAGACAUCAAUUAUCUGAAGAAAUUGAGGAAGAGAGAGUUGGUGUUCCUGUGAAGGGAGGACUUUACGAGGUAGAUAUGAUUAAAAGACAUUGUUUCCCUGUUUAUUGGAAUGGAGAAAAUCGACGUGUUCUAAGAGGCCAUUGGUUUGCUCGUAAAGGGGGCCUCGACUGGCUACCACUUCGCGAAGAUGUUGCUGAACAACUAGAGAUUGCUUAUCGCAGUCAGGUAUGGCAUCGGAGAACAUUUCAACUGUCAGGACUUUUUGCUGCUCGAGUCGAUUUGCAAGGCUCCACCCAAGGCCUGCAUGCCCUUUUCACAGGAGAAGAUGAUACAUGGGAAGCCUGGCUAAAUGUUGAUGCUUCUGGCUUUUCUAAUUUUGUGAGUCUUACCGGAAGUGGAAUCAAGCUAAGACGUGGUUACUCCCCUUCAAAUUCGCCAAAACCAUCCCAGGAUGAAUUAAGGCAAAAGAAGGAGGAGGAGAUGGAUGACUACUGUUCCCAGGUGCCUGUUCGACAUUUGGUAUUUAUGGUUCAUGGGAUUGGGCAGAGGUUGGAAAAAUCUAAUUUGGUUGACGAUGUGGGCAAUUUUCGCCAUAUUACAGCAAGUCUUGCAGAGCAGCACCUUACUUCACACCAACUCGGCACUCAAAGGGUCCUCUAUAUCCCAUGUCAGUGGAGGAAAGGUUUGAAGCUGAGUGGUGAAACAGCUGUUGAGAAAAUAACCUUGGAUGGAGUGCGGGGAUUGCGUGUCACGCUAAGUGCAACUGUUCACGAUGUGUUGUACUACAUGAGCCCAAUUUACUGUCAAGACAUAAUUGACUCGGUAUCCAACCAACUGAACCGACUAUAUCUGAAAUUUCUUAAGAGGAAUCCUGGAUAUGAUGGAAAGGUUUCAUUAUAUGGUCAUUCUCUGGGAAGUGUCCUCUCAUAUGAUAUCCUCUGCCAUCAAGAUAAUCUGUCGUCCCCAUUUCCAAUGGACUGGAUGUACAGGGAACAUGGUGAAGAUGAGGAGUCAGUCCCUGAUAAGAAAAGUAAUUAUUUUCAUCACUCAUCAAUCAAUCAGGAUGACACGUUUGGUGUGAAGAGCCCCUACGACGAAAAGAAGAGUAUACAACAGACUUCUACAGAAAUGGAGGCAGAAUUUUCGGAGUCCUCAGUUUUAUGUCCUGCUUUAUCAAGUGGAAACAAUUUUAUUGUAGGACCUAACUCUGUGAGCCCAAGUAAUGAGGGAGAAGUUUCUGAGUGCAUUUCUGAUUUUAGUGACAUGUUUUUUGACAAAACGGGUGCAUUGGAUAAACUAGAGAGUGUGAAUGUUGGGCUACCAGCAGCUCAGGAAAAAUGUAAUAGUACAAACAACGAAGAUGAUGUAAUCAAGAAGCUUCGGGAAGAGAUUGAUUUAUUGAACGCCAAGCUAGCUGGACUGGAAUCGUGUGUUGAUGACGAUCAUAGCAAAGAAGAAUUGCAUUCUGUACCACAGUUAUCUCAAAAGUUGCCUCCUAUGCCAGAUGCAACAAAGCGUUAUACUCCAUAUAUCAAUUAUACAAAGCUUCUAUUUAAGGUUGAUACAUUCUUUGCUGUUGGAUCCCCUCUAGGUGUAUUUCUUGCACUCCGGAAUAUCCGAAUUGGCAUUGGAAGAGGCCAAGAAUAUUGGGAACAGGAAAAUAUUAGCGAAGAAAUACCAGCCGUUCGGCAGAUGUUUAACAUUUUUCACCCGUUUGAUCCAGUAGCAUACAGAGUAGAGCCCCUUGUCUGCAAAGAAUACAUUGGCAAACGCCCAGUCUUGAUUCCAUAUCACAGAGGAGGCAAAAGGUUGCAUAUUGGAUUUCAGGAAUUUACUGAAGAUCUAGCAAUUCGCACUCACACAAUAAAGAAUUAUAUGAAAUCUGCAAGGGAUAGGGUACUGGCAGUUUGUCAAUCAAGAAAUAUAGAGAGCAUAAAAGGAGAGAGUUCUGAAGAGGAAGAAGAGACAUCAUAUGGAUCUUUAAUGAUGGAGAGGUUGACAGGAAGCAAAACUGGACGAGUUGAUCACAUGCUUCAGGAUAAGACAUUUGAGCAUCCAUAUCUGCAAGCCAUUGGAUCGCACACGAAUUAUUGGCGAGAUUAUGAUACUGCUCUUUUUAUAUUAAAGCACUUGUAUCGAGAUAUACCAGAAGACCCAAAUUCGUCACUGGUAUAUAGCGCUGGAAGCUCGAAAUGUGUGACUAGUUCUGGCGGUUGGUAUGAUCAAAGAGAUAGUGUAGAGGAAGAUGUUCCAUUGACUUUCUCUGAUAAUGUAAUGGUCAGAAAUUUCUCAAGCAAAGCUAAGAAGAUUAUGCAAAAGAACACUGAUUUCUAAAUACAUGAGUAUAUAUAGCACAUGUUUGGGAUGUGAUUUCCUUGCAUACGUAGUUGUUGUUAUUGCCUUCUACACGUUGUAAUCUAAUUGAGAUUAUGUAAUAUAAUAUGCGAAACUAUGUACAUUAGAAGGAUUCUCCAUCUUAGGGUUGUUUCAUUCGGCUGAGUAGAGUAAUGUUAGAUUAGUCCAACUUCCAAUGUACAUAGCAUAAGAAAAUUCGUCCAUGUAAAUUAUGAUGAUUUGUAUCGAUUUAAAGCACAACACAAUCUUACUGCCUGUAAAUAUGUAUACAAUUUGUUGUGGUUUAUGGUGCACUAUAUAUGAUUCCUCCUUCGUCGAA